UGCCUGGUAACCACAGUAACCAUGAGCGGAUUCAGCUCUUGCGCCAGGAGUUCCAUUCUACUCGUCACGGGGACGAGCUAAAUGAGCAGCCCUGGGUCCCCCAGACUGGACGUCACUCAGUAACAGUGGAGUUGCAGCUCCACAAAAAGCGACUAGAGGAGACUGAUUCCUUCAGACAAACCCAAAGACAGUACAGCUCUCUACCACGACGUCCCAACACAACUCCGCCCAGGAUGGUCUCCCACGGCAACCCCUGGAGCUCCUCCCCAUCCCGUGGCAACGGUUUCCAGGCGGCCAAAGAGAGCGGCCGCUACUCCAGCUACCAGGGCCCUCGGCACGGGCCGCACAGCCCUGUCCACUCCCACACACAUGCGCACGCACACACACACGCGCAUGCACACACACACGCGCAUGCACACACUCUCUCGCUGAGCGGCGUGAACGCCCGCGUGCUGCUGGAGGCCCAGGAGCUCCUCAGGCUGGAGCAGAGACGCCGCCAGCAGCAGCACAAGGACUACAACUCCCACAAUGCCAUGCACAGCAACAGCAGCCUGGCUCAGGAGCAGGGCACAAGGAAGGACUACAACUCCCAGAGUUCCCCGGGGCCACCCAAAGGCCCGCACAGACAAGACAUGCCGCCCUCCCCGUCACAGCUGUCUCGCCUCAACCGCGCCAACACCAACUUCUCUUGAGAGACACAGAGAGAGUGUGUGUGCACUACACUAAUGCUUGCACAAAUAUGGCCUUUCACACACACACACACACACACACACACACACACACACACACACACUCACAGACUCCAACCGUCCCAUUUUCUUAGAAUAAUCUUGGUGCCUUCUGAAACUUCAGGUCCCGCCUCCACAUGAAUCUGAUUGGUCAGGUAAUGCAGCCGUCCAUGUACUGUGAUAGUGUGUGUGUGUGUGUGCGUGUGUGCGUGUGUG